AGAUAGGUGCUGUCGCGAAUCAUAUUCGAAACUACAUUUAAUAAGGAAGCGUGGAAAAGUACAAGAUCGGGGAUUAAGUAUUUAAAACAAACUCGGCAUCUUCGCGUGCUGCCCUGCGUAGUUCUGAGGCGAAAUUUCCUGGGCACCUUUUAUCAGAGAGAGGGGGAGAGAGUAGAUAGAGAAUCUCCUCGGCUUCCUUCACUUGAGAGAGAGGGAGAACUGCAAUGGCGGAGGAGGAGGGUGACAAGCUACUGAGGAAGAUUGCUGAUGCAUUCAAAGGCCUCGCAGCUACUGUGAAUUCUGAAACCUCAGAAGUGGAGGUCGCCCUCUUCGCCCACGCCUGUUCUCUCGUCUCGCCACUCUUUGGCUGCCUUGGCAUCGCCUUCAAGUUCGCUGAGAUGGACUACGUCGCCAAGGUUGAUGAUCUUGCAGUGGCUUCAAAGUCGAUAGUCACAUUGCAGGCAUUGCUUCAGACGGAUAUAGAGGGGAAUUGUGUAAGAAAAGCAGGUAGUCAUUCCAGAAAUCUAUUGAGAGUGAAGCGUGGGCUUGACAUGGUCAAAGUGCUCUUUGAGCAAAUUUUGGCUACAGAGGGAAAUUCCUUGAAAGAUCCAGCUUCCAAAGCUUAUGCGCAGGUAUUUGCUCCUCACCAUGGAUGGGCAAUCAGAAAAGCCGUUGCUGCAGGGAUGUAUGCCCUACCAACUAAGUCACAGUUAUUGAAGAAGCUCAAUGAGGAUGAGGCCUCAGCACGGAUUCAAAUGCAAAGCUACGUUGCCACGUCUGCUCCUGUCAUCUUCUACAUUGACAAGCUCUUCCUUUCAAGAGAAUUGGGUAUAGAUUGGUGAAACAUGGUCUCUCUCUUACUCAUUUGGUUACUUCAUUACUUGUUUCUUGUCACCAUCAUGUAAAAAUCAGUCGCCAAAAAAAGGAAAAAACUCUAAUCUAUUAGAAUAAACUGACAUUUAUCUGCUAUUGCUGAUUUGACAUGAGUUAUAAUUGAUUGCAUUGUUCUUU